UACUACCAACCACUACUACACCAAUGGCAUCCGCAAGCAGCUCUGCACAGGCCGCCUUCGGGCUGGGCCGGAGGAAGAAGAACCCCGGCCUCCUGGAUCAGAUUGGAAAGUUCUUUGGAGGGGACAAGAAGAGGAAGAGCAAGGGAUCUUUCCGAGGUGCUCUCUCUCCAGGCCCUCAGAAAGCCUCUGCGACUUCCCCACGUAAGCGCGGAGCAGAGAACGCUGUGGUCCAUUUCUUCCGCACGAUCGUGUCCCCUGCCCCUCCCAAGUCUAGGUGGAGAGGACUAGCAGCCAAGAUAGGCCUGGGCACCCAGAAGUCACACUCUGCCAAAGCCAAGAAGGCCAGUGCAGGGGACGGCAAAGGCACCCUGACUAGGAUCUUCAAAAUGUGAUGAUAUCAGCAGCAGAGGAAGCAGGAGUGCUUCUCCAGCCAAACGCUGAAGUCCCUCUCUACAACCCCUUCCAACAGGACGAGGGCAGAUGUUCAAGAUCGUGGGACUUAAGUGGGGAAAAAGAGGAAGAAAAGGAGGAAAUCUUGUCACCCCUUAAACUCACGUUCCCCUCCACUUGUGAUAACACUCUAACUUACGCUAAAUCCCUCGUCUCCCCUAUUACCUCCCCACCCCUUUGGCUGGUAGAUAGCGACACAAUCUGUUGCCCCCACCCUCCCCAUGCAUGCGUUGUGCUGAGUCUGUGCAGUCAUCAUCAUUAGCGUGAACUUUUUGCUGAAAGUGAUCCCGAAGCCGCUCACAUGUGUAGCCCGAGUGACCCUCCCCCCCUUCUGCAAUGGCUCUCUAUACUCGUGCUUGAGUUUCUGUGGACGUCUUCCAAGAUUCCUCUAACAAAAUGGUGGCUAAACCGAAGCACACCUGGAGCAGUUGAAGGAUUAGGGCCGGUGCGAGUCCGACUGACUCAACCGUCAUUGCCGCUUGCUGAUUGGAUGAAAAGGCUGGGUUGUUUCUGUUUUUUAAAAAAGGAGCGGUUUUCUGUCUCGUCACACUGUCUUCGUCAUUCCCUUGAACCUUUCCUGUAAACCUGUGUUUAACAGAUUUUGCAUUUUUACGAGAGCCAUUUGGUCGCAGUGUGUUUUCAUUCAACCUUUGUGUGUGUUAGCUGUAGUUAAGUGUCCUGUCAUUGAUGUGAUGUUGAUCUAUGUUUGUCAUUAGGGCCUAAGGCUGGCUGUGGAUUUUUUGUGGUAUAAAUUUAAUUUCUAAACCUUCUAAAUCAUAUUUUCUGCAAUAGUCACUGAGAAAAAUAAAUAAAUUAGUCAUUUCUAAUGUAUUUCUUUUUCAGUCCAAGAGAUAAUGGUAAACACUAAUUCUCCUGUCCGUAUAUAUCUAAGUAAAUAAUUUCGUAGUGCACUGUUUUCCACUUUUAAAAGCUGCCAGACUCUGAAUCUGAAGCUGAUGUUGGUGCUGCAGCAUGAUGCCAGAUUCAGACCUUUCCUCUUUGCUUCAGUGUAGUCUAGGUCACUCCUUUGUCUUCUCUGUUUCCAUCUCACGCACAGCACACAUACUGUAAAUUAAAUUCAACCCUUCGCUCAACAAGUGCCUUUCCUCCUGACUACCAAAACAAUGUGCUGUGUUCCCUUCUUGUGGAUAAUUAAAACAACACAAUUUCAAAAAGGUGCUCUGUAACUAACUCUGUAGUUACACAUUAAAACGGUUUCUUGGGAAUGUGUCAGUUGUCAGUUUUCUGGAGGAAAAAAAAAAGAAGCUCAGCACUACCACUUGUGCUGUUCAAAGCAUCCGUCUUCCACAUGUUACAAAGCAGGCGUGUGUUCAUCUCUCCCACUGUUUGUGUGUGCUUGAGCCUCGUGGGUGCUGUGUAGUGUUCCUCUGAAUGGACCCUGUGGAUGAAUGUAAAGAUCCUCUUCAUUAUUGUAUGUGUAAUAAAACAUGACCAGCCACUUAACUGAGAAUAAAAAAUAAAAAUUAUAAAACCAA